CUAAAUAAAAAGUAUUCCCUGCAUAAAUGUUUGUUUUUAUAAAAAAAUAGUCGUUUUUUUAAUUCAUCUCCCCUUCAUUCCACUUCUAUUUUGGUUUCUAUGGCAUUUUAGUUCUUUUAUCAAUUUUCACCUUCUAAUGCAUAAUAAACCAAAAAGUAAUCACAAUCAUAGCAAAGAAAAGAAAAACCAUUCAUUUAUAAAAAAGAAAAAAUUCAAAUCAAAAUAUGAUUCAAGGAUACAUUUAAUAAAACAGAGGACUAUACAACAACGACGAGCGGAAUUUGUCUCUCGUACUCAAAAGCAAAAGACCAAUACAACCAAUCGGACGGAAACAAUCCAGUUGACAUCCGAUAAACCAAAAGCAAUUCCUAAUGCUUUCACAGGGUCAAGCGAUAAUUCCUGUGAACAACCAUUUUCGAAAUUGGACAGAGAUGUAUCAGUCGGGAAAAUAUCUUCAGUGAAAUCUCAUUCGAUUAGGCCGAAUAAAAAACCUAAAUCCUUCACUGUAGAUAACAAAUCAGAAAAUGAUAAAUCAAAUCAACAGUAUAAUUUGGAAAACUCAACUUCAAAUUUAUAUUCUUCAAAUAACACACGAGAAGUAUGGUUUGAUGAUGUACCACAGGCUUUAAUUGCCAAUUCACUGCAAGAUCAAUCGGCCACAACAAAAUCUUUGGUGAAACUAACAUCAUUCGCAGGUCCAACACGUCGUAUUGCAAUGGAUUGUGAAUUUGUUGGAGUUGGUUUUGAGGGAAAAGAUGAUGCAUUAGCACGUGUUUCAAUUGUAAAUCAAUUCGGUCAUACCCUAUUAGAUACUUAUGUACGUCCAGAAGAACGUGUUGUUGAUUAUCGAACAAAAGUCUCUGGUAUAAGACCUCGUGAUUUACGGAAAAAUGGAUCAGCUCGAUCGUUCAAUGAUGUGCACAAAGAAGUUGCAGAAUUGAUAAAGAAUAAAAUAUUAGUUGGACAUUCUAUCCUGAAGGAUCUUAAAGUUCUAAGACUGUCGCACCCUCGUCGUUUUAUUCGUGAUACAUCACGUUAUCGUCCAUUUCGAGAUUUAUUCAAUGGUCGUAUACCAUCACUCAAAGCCUUAACUCAAAAAGUUCUUGGUAUUAAUGUACAAAGUGGUGAACAUGACUCAGUUGAAGAUGCUAGAGCUACUAUGCGUCUAUAUACUUCUGUGAAACGUGUUUGGGAAUCAAGUAAAAAGCAUCGAACUUCAACAACCAAAGAAGUCAAGAAGAAUAAAAAUCUAGAAGAACAAGGUGUACUCAAUGUAAAAGAUGAAUAUGAGUCUGGAUUACAAGAAGUGAUAUCAUCUCAUAAUUCUCAACAACAAUCUACAACUUCCACGAAUAUCACCAAUGUUAAAUGUCCUAUUCACAAACCGAAGCAAUGGGAUCCUAUACGUAAUCGUAAAUGUUCAAAAAACAGAAUGAAAUUUCUUAAUAGACAUCGUAAACAUCCAAAAAAACAAUAAAUAAAACAACUUGAUUGAUAAGGGGAAACAAUUUGAAUCUGUAACUAAUGAAAUAUUUCUGUACAAUUAAUAAAGACUUCUUUUCCUUUAGAUAUAAAACAAUCAUCUAACAACUACAUAGAACAAUGUUAUUUCAGAAGGGGUUUUGUGGAAAUUUAGUAUUCUCAUAGUUGAAAGCGUGAGUCAAUCUAGCUUGAGCUAGACCACC